AUGGUGAACUCAUCCAACAGCUCGAUCACAGAGCCACAGUGCUAUCCACCAUAUGAAGACAGCAAGUUCUUUGUCAUUAUCAUGUACAGCAUUGUCCUGGCUAUUGGCCUGCCAGCUAAUUUUUUGACCUUGUGGUUGACACUUCUUCAAAUAUUUAGGAAGAAUGUUCUAGCAGUUUAUCUGUUCAGCCUAUCCUUAAGUGAAAUCAUGUAUCUUGGGACUCUACCACUUUGGAUCCACUAUGUACAAAAUGGCCAUGUGUGGAAAUGGGGCCCAUUGGCAUGCAAGAUUACAGGCUUUAUAUUCUUCAACAAUAUAUACAUAAGCAUUCUCCUCUUGUGUUGUAUCUCUGUGGAUCGUUAUAUGGCUGUGGAAUACGCUUUGGAGUCCAGAGGGGUUCGGCGCCAGAAAAUUGCUAUUGGUGUCACUGUCACUAUCUGCAGUGUGGUGGCAUUGAUCCAUGCCCCUGUUUUCAGGCUCAGUGAUGGUGACCCAACAGGAAACCAAACCACCUGCUUUGAAACCUUGCCAGUACCCUCACAUAUUGCAUACUUUUAUGUUGCCAGGUUCAUUAUUGGCUUCUUGGUCCCUUUGUUGACUUUGAUGUACACUAAUUACGUCAUCAAAAGGAGGAUUGAGACAAGUGGCAGCUUCACCAGUCAGCAAAAAAAACAAAGUAAAGUAUUUAGCCAUUGCCAUCAUUAUCAUCUUCAUGAUCUGUUUUGCUCCGUACCAUGUGGUGUUGCUUAUACGAGGAAUUGCAUAUUUCCUAAAAGGCGAAAACUUCUGUGGUUUUGA